AUGGCUUCAUCAAUUGAGACCUCGAAAAUUAGUGGCCAUUUCCGAUCAAUCAGCUUGCCUUCUAGGAGCCACCCUCUCACAACAACCGCAGAGGAGCAUUUGUCUAGGCUCAGAUCAUCAGAAGCGGCGUCCUCGUCCUCAUCGGCAUCCCAAAUUUUGGGAGAACUCAAGAGCUUGUAUGACUGCAUCGAUGACUUGCUUCAGUUGCCUCUCACUCAACAGGUUCUUUCCCACCUGAAGUCCCGCCGAAGAGUCGUUGGACUUUUCUCUCAUGCACUUAGACGUUUGCGAGAACGUGAGGGAAGCUUUCUCACAGACGAAGGAAUGUAUCCAGGAGCUCAAAUCAACUUUGAGAAGAAGGAAAGGAGGGGAUUCCAGCUUCGCCGUAGAGGUUUCCUUGCUCUGACAAGUGCAAGCACCAAGCCUAGAGGCUGGUCCCGAGUGUCGAAACUGCUGGGACCUAAACGCGUAUCAUGUGACGGAGGAAAGGAAACCAAUGAAGUGCAAGGCUUGGAUGCCCUCGUGCUCUCCCUCAGAUCGAGCAAAGACAUCAAUAAUCAAGUAGGCGAUCUGUCAAAGCGAUUGGAGGAACUAGAGGCGAGCAUUCAAGAAAUUGAGGAUGAGUUGGAAUGCAUUUUCAGGCGCCUGGUCAUGUGCUUUGGAAAAUGCUUUAAUGGAAGCAUAGCAUGCGACUAUCUGAUUGUGAGCCAUGCUCAUGCUGCAGGUCCUGCUUUGGUGCUGCAGCCUUCUCGACCAAGUCUCAGAAAAUUGCUGGAUUAG